AUGGAGAUCAAAGCUGUCCCGACACCUUCAGUUCGACCCAGGAUCAAGCACGGGCAGCCGACAGUGCAAACUGAUCGACUUAUCAGUCUGCCUCGUCCCCGGAACAAAAAACUGGAAGAUGACAACCAAACAAGCACCCUGAGGGGCAAUACCGUAAAAUGCGCAGUCGGGCUUCGCAAGGCUGUCGCCGUACUUUGUGACGGUGACCCCCAUGACGUCACCCACGUGCUUCAUCCUGUCGACAAAGCUCUGCAGAGAGUUGAGGUCGGGCGCUCGGACCAAGGUCGCCGGCAUCUCCUGGCUGGCCUCGAGCGCGAGCUGGAGCUCCAGGACGUCGGCUCGGGACAGGGGCUUCGAGACGGGGACGUCCUGGAUGACGGCGGAUUUGUGGCCCUUGGCCUCGAGGGUGAGGAAUGGCGCGGCCUGGGUGGAGUGCGGGGGGAGCUUCUUGACGAGCUUGAUCUGGACGCCGGCGGGGUUGAGGUCGCGGGAGUCGGCGUAGAUAGCGAGGAUGGAGCGGAGUGCGCGGUGGAGGAGGGGGAGGUCGAGGGAGAAGGCGAUGCGGUCGUCGUUGUGGCUGGAGAUUCGGUAGUCGUGGAAGAGGGAGUGCUUGUUGAACUGGGCGACGGAGUGGACGCCGUCGGGGUGGAGGAGGUUGUGGAGGAAGAAGGCGUGGUCGCGGGUGAGGUAGAGGUGGCAGGACCUGCCGAUCUUGUCAAGGGCGGGGAGGAUGCGCUUCUCGAGGAGGUUGAUGCCGUUGUCGGUGAGGAACGCCUUGAAUUUCAUGGUGGUUGGGGUGUGCCGGAGUUUUGGAGGUGCGGCGGUGGCGCGGAGGAGGAGGAGGAGAUGGGGGAUUGGGGGAUUUUAGGGGAAAAUGGAGGGAAAGCAUAUUUCAUAAAGAAGAGCAAAUUGUAUACGUAA